CGCGUCGAUCAUUAAAUGACAAACGCCCACUCCGCUGCCUUUAUGUCAAUUUCAGGCCAAGAUGGGUGGGAGCAGUGAAAUAAUUUUUGAGCACGCCUUUUAAUUAACAUCUCGAAUGUCACUGUAUUGAGAAACAGAGAUGUUCUAUCUCGUACAAUCAGGCCGGCUCUGACCAUGGCGCCAACAGAAUCGACCAUCCUGAGCAACUUCUUGUUAGCCCCAGCACAGCUCCCUACAAUCAUCUCCAUGGAUGAAUUCAAAGCCUUAUUUCCUCUACAGCACCGAUCAUCGGCUCAAGUACGAUUCCUGUAUAGGGAUCUUCAACGCCAAAGGAGUAAUGUCGUAGAAGUAGUCUCCGAAAACAUCGCAGAGGAGACAUCCCGGCACGCAAACGUUAUUCGAAGACAGGUCACUAGGGCGGAUAGGAUAGGGACUUUGGCGGACGAGUACGACGCAGAAGAUGAAGUUGAGAAAGCGCUGGUUGCCUCGAGCUCUACUCCAGUUGGCAACGAUCCUCUCACAAACCUGAGUAUUGUGGUGCAAAGUAUGGAAACCUCUUUAACCGCAGUCGAGAGCCAGAUUAAGGAUCUGCAUACUGAAGAGACCAGACUUCUCGAAUUGGUGAAGAAAACUGUUGGAGACUUGAGCGACCUGCGUUACGGUCGUUUAUCCAAUGCGAGCUUGCCGCAGCAGGUCUUGGAUGGUUUGAAAAACCUACAGGAUAUAUGCGAGAAUAAAAAUCCGUGAGAUUGCGACACAAGCAAAGGCUUAAAUACAAAAUAAACUCUUGUGCAACCAAGAUAUACCUGCGGGAUAUUAUAAAUCCAUAGUAAAAUAGAGCAGUGCGCCAUCAAAUAGAGUUGCAACCCAGACACAUCAUUGACAAAGGAGA